GCCCGGUUCAAAGGGUGAGUGUCUCCCCGAUGUACCAGAAUGCUAGUGCUCGUAUUCAUUAACUCCAAAAGUGGUAGUCAGUUCGAUAGGGUUCUCCUUAUCACAUAUAGUUCUCUUCUAAACAAAAACCAGGUUGUUGAUUUGUUGGAAGAGACUCUUGAUGCUGUGUUGCACAGAUUGUAUCUCAAUCUAGAAAAACUCAAGCUUAAUGGUGAUGAAUUGGCUCUUAGGAUUCAGGAGAAUCUGAGAAUCAUUGUUGCAGCUGGGGAUGGCAUAGCCGGCUGGCUUCUUGGAGCUGUUUCGGAUCUCAAAUUAUCUCAGCCACCACCUGUUAAUGUACACCUCCUAACCCACUAA